UCAGCCGGCCUCAACAUGGAGCUGGACGCGGCGCGCGAGGCGGGGGAAGAUGCCGCAGGGCCGGGCUCGCAAUUCAUCGAGGUGGAGCAGAAGUUCCUUGCAGGGCCUGGUGCCGUGGAAAAGUUGGUGGCUCUGGGGGCCACCCUAGAAGGCAACGUUUCCUUCCGCGACCGGUACUACGAUGUCCCAGGCUGGCCCCUCGUCCUGGCCGACCAUUGGCUCCGGGAGCGGGAGGGGGCUGGCUGGGAGCUGAAAUGUCCUCCACAGCCACUAGAGGGAGCCGGUGUCCCAGGUUCCCUCCCUAGCCCGGCCACGGAAAGCCAGAGGCCACGGUGUCUACCACAGACAGCGAACAAUCCCCAGUCCCAGCAUCCGUUGCAGUCAAUCGAGGUAGCCGGCAAGCCUCAUUCCGCCACGCAGUACCUAGAAGUGACUUUCCCACGAGAGAUUGUGAUCCGUGUCUGUAGGCUGCUGGGCGUGGACCCGGCCGUGGCCUGGCACGACGAUGUGGCCAGGGCAGCGGACGAACUCGGCCUGCAAGAGUUUGCCAGCUUUGUAACCCGACGGUGCAAGUAUCACCUGGGUGACCUGAACGUGGUUCUUGACGAGAUGGAUUUUGGCUACGCCGUGGGAGAAGUGGAAGCUCUGGUCGGCCAGCAGGAGGACGUGCCGGAGGCUCUAGACCGGAUACGAGAGCUGGGAAGCCAUCUGGGCUUUGAUGAGAAAACCCAGGUUCCUGGCAAGAUGUCUGCUUAUCUAUAUAAAUUCAAACCUGAACUGUACGAAGCCCUGGUGGAACGUGGACGCCUGAGGAAAGUGAGAGCUGCAGCGGAUGACGAACGGGCAAGAGACUGACAGGGCCUGGGAGACCCCUACCUAAGUUAUUUACACCCUGGGCCAGUGUUGUCCUUAGAGAAGAGAGAAUAUAUUGAUGUGAAUAAAAUAGUAAAGAAAAUGGGGCAAGAGGCA